AUGAGUCGCGAGGUGCAGAAGGAAAAUGCCACCCCCAGCACGGGCACAACCGAGGGACACCAGUACGUAGGCCCGUACAGGCUUGAGCGGACACUCGGCAAGGGCCAGACGGGUCUGGUGAAGCUCGGGGUGCACUGCGUCCUCGGCAAGAAGGUGGCGAUCAAGAUUAUCAACCGGGAGAAGCUGAGCGAGUCGGUGCUAAUGAAAGUUGAGAGGGAAAUUGCCAUCAUGAAGCUAAUCGACCAUCCGCACGUCCUGGGGCUCACGGAUGUGUACGAAAACAGAAAAUACCUGUACCUCGUACUGGAGCAUGUCUCCGGUGGUGAACUGUUCGACUAUCUGGUGAAGAAGGGUCGCCUCACGCCGAAGGAAGCGAGAAAGUUCUUCCGCCAGAUCAUAUCCGCGCUGGACUUUUGUCAUUCGCACUCGAUAUGCCAUCGUGAUCUGAAACCGGAAAAUCUGUUGCUGGACGACAAGAACAACAUCAAGAUUGCUGAUUUCGGAAUGGCAUCCCUUCAGCCGGCGGGUUCGAUGCUGGAAACGUCCUGUGGCUCACCACACUACGCCUGCCCGGAAGUCAUUCGAGGUGAGAAGUAUGAUGGACGCAGAGCAGAUGUAUGGUCCUGCGGAGUCAUUCUGUACGCACUUCUGGUCGGUGCCCUCCCAUUCGACGACGACAAUCUGCGGCAGCUGCUGGAAAAGGUUAAGAGGGGUGUGUUUCACAUCCCACACUUUGUGCCACCAGAUUGUCAAAGCCUUCUAAAGGGUAUGAUCGAGGUGAACCCAGAGAAGCGUCUAACGUUGGCAGAAAUCAACAAACAUCCUUGGGUAACUGCGGGCGGAAAAGGAGAACUUGAACUAGAGCUACCGAUGAUGGAGGUGGUCCAAACGCAUGUUAUCCCAAACGCGUCCGCGGUCGAUACGGACGUGCUCAAUGCAAUAUGUUCGCUUGGUUGUUUCAAGGAGAAGGAUAAACUGAUACAGGAACUGCUGAGUCCACACCACAACACGGAGAAGGUAAUAUACUUCCUGCUGUUGGAUCGAAAACGAAGACGGCCGGCGAUUGAGGACGAAGAGGACGUAUUGAGACCCCGCAACGACAUCAUUGAGAUCGCAGAUCCUCCCCGAAAGCGGCUUGACACGUGUCGGAUCAAUGGCAGUAGCAGCCUUUCGUAUGGGCAGAUCAGCGAGGGUUCACCAUUGACUUCACGGCGGCAAACGUUCAACAACGGGCACCGGAGCCACAGCGGUAGCACGAGCAGCAGCAGUCGCCGUUCACCGUCCUCGGUGCCUCUGUCACGUAGCUCAUAUCAAAGCCCAACACGAGGUGUCGUGGUCAACUCCUCGCAGCCACUAAAUCAACUCCAUCCACCAUCGUCUCCGAAUGCGGCCUCAAAUCGACACUCGAACUACUCGCCGAGAAGCAGCACCAAGUCGCAGGUCAUCGAUUCUUCCUCGCCAGUACACCAUCGAGCCAACUCGGGGCCAGCUGUGACGGUGGGAUUGUUUUCGGAAACUGAUUCAAACAACAUGACAUCUUCAAUCAACGCCAUCCCGGGUUCUCCAAUUUUGGGCAGUCCACAACAGCUGCAAGCCGUUACAACUGGCAGCCAGCUGUGGAAGACUCGACUGACGAACAUUAAGAAUAGUUUCUUAGGAAGUCCAAAGUUUCACCGUAGAAAAAUGCAAAUAUCAACCGAAGAAGUGCAUCUUACUCCGGAGUCGUCACCGGAGCUGACGAAAAAGUCUUGGUUCGGAAACCUAAUGACGACUGAAAAAGACGAAACAUUUACAGUAUUAGUCAAGGGUAAGCCGCUAGCAACAGUCAAAGCUCACCUGAUCCAUGCCUUUCUGUCGAUGACUGAGCUAUCGCAUAGCGUCCUCUCGCCAAUGUCUUUCCGGGUUGAGUACAAACGGGGCGGUACUGGGCCUACGAUGUUCCAGCGGCAUGUUCGAAUACAGGUCGACAUUAACACGAUCUGCAAGCAGGGUGAUGUAGGCGACAUGCUAUUCGCAAUCACGUUCACAUUGAUCUCUGGUAACAUUCGGCGGUUCCGGCGCAUCUGCGAGCACAUCCAGGCGCAGGUUUGCUCCAAACGCUACCCCGCACUCAGCAGCCCAACGAACCAGCACAACAACAAAGUGGCGAACAGUGUAGCCGAGAGCAUAUCCUGUGGCUCGGAUUCCAGCGAUCGCAUUAACUACAAUAAGCACAAGGAGUCCGAUAUCGAGCAGGAAACGUUUUAUGAUACGACCAGCAUCGGCAAGACCCGCCGGUCCUCGGCCACCUCGUCCAACAAGAACUCGGUGUCGUCGGAUGAGAUCGAAAUCAAAACCGUACGCUCCAGCUCGGAAUCCACGGAACGUGAACGCGACCGCAGCACGGAACGGCCGGCGGCCAUGUCCGGUAGUGCGCUAGUAUGA